AUGUCUGUAGGUCAGCUGGACGAGGUUGGGUACGAGGUUUCGAUCCAUGGUGGCCUUCUUCCUGUAGGGGACAAACGCAUCAAGCUCAUCGCGCGUGUGGCUCGGAGUAGAAACUGGUUGUACAAGCUGCCGUUGAAGCAGGCCAAGCCGGUUUCUCUGGAGGGAAGGAAUUCAGUGGAAAAUGGGUCCAUCUCAUAUGUACCCUCUACUGGUGCUAACAACUCUGCAGACAAGAAAAUCCUCACUCGCAUGGAGACAAUGGCUACUCUAGAGGAAUCUCGUCUCAUAGGGAGAGGGAAUGAAAAGGAGGAAAUCAUCAAACUAAUCUCAAAUACAGAUCUCCAGCAAUUUCAUGUGAUCUCCUUGUGGGGAAUGGGUGGUAUUGGAAAAACAACACUAGUGAGAGAUAUCUAUCAAAGCCAAGAGAUUAGUAGCAUGUUUGAUAAGCGUGCUUGUGAGACAGUCAUGCGUCCUUUCAAUGCAACAACACUCCGUGGGAGCUUAGCUGUGCAACUCGGAGGUAAAGAUGAGAAAGAUUUAAGGAGGUGUUUAGAAGGAAGAAGAUACUUGCUUGUUCUUGAUGAUCUGUGGUCCAUAGAAGAGUGGGAUGCUAUAAAACAACAUUUGCCAGAAACGGCAGCAAGCUGCAUAAUAAUCACAACAAGGGAAGAUAAUAUUGCCAAGCACUGCUCAAAGGAUGAUAUAAAUAUAUACAAGCUGAACCAUCUGGGCCCUGAUGACGCAUGUACCCUCUUCACCAAAAAGGUAUUUAAGGAGACCGUAAAAUUGGAUGAGCAAUAUCCAGAGUUGGUUGAACAAGCAAAACUGAUGUUGAAGAAGUGCGGAGGACUUCCCCUUGCACUAGUCACCAUAGGUGGUUUCUUGGCAAGCCAACCAAAAACUGCUUUUGAAUGGAGAAAAUUGAAUGAGCAUAUUAGUGCUGAGUUGGAGAUGAAUCCAGAACUUGAGAUCAUAAAAGCAGUCCUUAUGAAAAGCUAUGAUGGUUUACCCUAUUACCUCAAGGCUUGUUUCUUGUAUCUUGCCAUCUUUCCUGAAGACUACAUGAUUCUGCGGAGACGCUUAGUGCGUCGGUGGAUUGCAGAGGGUUACUCAAGUGAGGUGCGUGGCAAGUCUAUGGAGGAAGUAUUGGACGGUUACUUCAUGGAACUUAUAAGUAGGAGCAUGAUUAUGCCAUCUCAACAGUCAAUUCAUAGCAGGAAAGGAAUUGACUCCUGCCAUGUCCAUGAUCUCAUUCGUGAAAUUGCAAUCUCAAAGUCUAUGGAGGAAAAUCUUGUUUUCACAUUGGAGGAAGGGUGCAGCUUAAACAACCAUGGCACUGUGCGUCAUCUUGCUGUAAGCAGCAACUGGAAGGGGGAUCAGUGUGAGUUUGAGAAUAUAAUAGAUUUGUCCCAUGUACGAUCGUUGACAGUGUUUGGAAAUUGGAGGCCGUUUUACAUUUCUGAGAAGAUGAGGUUGCUACGAGUGCUGGAUUUGGAAGGCAUGUGGGAUCUAGUUGAUCAUCACCUUCAACACAUUGGGAAGCUUGUACAUCUUAGAUAUCUUUCUCUAAAGGGACAUGCUGAUGUAUUUCACCUGCCAAAUUCAUUGGGGAACUUGAGACAACUCCAGACACUAGAUAGUUCAGGUACAAGCAUAAUAAAACUACCAAGGACCAUCAUCAAGCUUGUGAAGAUGCAACACAUUGUUGCUAGCGAUAUAGGACAUAGAAAUGCCAAUAUAUUUGAUGAUGCAGAUGAGCAGUCACUAAUGAGUUUACCUAUAUACUCAGCAGGUUGUUGUGUGUCAUGUUGUGCACCUACUUGUUUGGCAGAGCAUCUUGAACUUGACGAUGGUGCACAACUUAACAGGUGUGAUGUAUGCACUGCGUUCUGUUGCAGCAUAUUACCUUAUUAUGCGGCAGGAGGACGAAAUCCAGGUGGUAUUGAAGUGCCAAGAGGGAUUUGGAAGAUGAAGACCCUGCACACACUGCGUGUUGUGGACAUCUCAGUGGGGAAGGCUGCUCUACAAGAUAUAAAAAAGCUCACCCGGUUGCGCAAGUUAGGAGUGACAGGCAUCAACAAGAGAAACAGUCAAGAGCUGUGUUCAGCAAUUGCUCGUCUCAGCAGCCUGGAGUCAUUGUCACUGCGCUCACACGAAGAGACAGGUUUAUCAGGCCGCUUGGAUGGGCUGUCCUCACCUCCAGAAAACCUGCACAGCCUCAAGUUGAGAGGCAACCUGGUUAAACUGCCGGAGUGGAUCCAGGGGCUCAAAAAUCUCGUGAAGCUGAAGCUAGAGUGGUCGAUGAUAUCGGAGCACGAUGCUGCCAUACAAGUCCUUGGAAAUCUACCAAACCUGGCCACCCUACGUUUAUUGUAUGAGUCGUUCGUUGGUGAAGAGGUUUGUUUCAGUUUCUGUCGGGGGGCAUUCCCGAGCCUGAAGGUGCUGCAGCUGUAUAUGAUAACAAACCUCAAGUCGGUGGGAUUUGAAGAAGGAGCAGCCCCUAAGCUUGAGUUGCUGCAAUAUGAGAGUGGGUUUUUCUGUGCCGGUGUUGAUUUGUUCUGUGGGUUAGCAUAUCUCCCAAGCCUCAAGGAAUUUAUGCUGUAUAGAGGGCACUGGGAGAAGACUGAGGUCGUGGAGCACUUGCGAGGCCAGCUGGCAGAGAAUGAAAACAAGCCUGUUUUGAAGAGUUGGAGUGGGUAG